GCUUGGCUUGAUGAAAUUAUCAAAUGCCCGAAACCAUGUCUUGGGUGCCAAGUGCCGAGAAUCAAUUUUAUCAACACCGAUGAGAGAAGCAGCUCUACGCCAUGCUUCAUUCUUAACUACCCUCGCUCCCUUCCAAACCGUCUACCUUUAACGCUCCCUCACCUCUUUGGUUUUUACUGUUGACGCGUUGAUCUCGUCCAAGCACGAGCCAAGUAUUCGAGCCAAUCUACGCGCGCAUCGGGAUCGGUAAUGAGAAAUUUGAAAUCGGCUGUUGUUUCGGCAUGGAAAUAUCAGAGCACCACACUGUUUCUCUCUUGGGUUCACAUCCCCUUCGUGAUGGUGUCUCUACUCGCCUACUCGUUCGCAGUCGAUCUCCUUAUAACUAGCUGCUUCCCGUUUCCCUUCCCUUCCCCAGUAGCGUGUAUGGUGUUCCUUUUCGCCAUACUUCUCCUUCUCGAUUACUUGUCGCUCGUGUUUCCCGCUUCACUUCCUCCUAGGCAGUUAGACAACCUCAAGUCGAGGGAGUCAGGCUUGUUGUGUAUCAUGUCCAAAGAGGCUGCUUCGUCUCUUACGCUUCCCAGACACAAGCGGAAUUCAAUCCACGCCAUAGUGGUUUCUAGUACGCAGCUCCUCACGGCUCCGGCUCUCCCCCUCAUCCAGCACGCCUCUCCAAUUCCUAUCCCUCUGGAAGCAAAGCGGGACGACGAAGAAUUACAAGAUGCGGAGCGCUUGCGGCUUGCAGGGCUUCUUGCACCAGCCGCGCAGAACGACCAAGCCUCUACUAAUCGAGGGGGCUUUUUAAUUGAAGAACGACGCCGUUUCGUUGAUCCAGUAAUGCGUGUCUUGGGAAAGCCUUGCAUGUUUUGCCUGAGGCACAUGGUAGUCAUGUUCACUCCGGCCUUUAUUCUCAUCCCUGCUCGCGAGCCGGCGCUCCCUGCCAGGGAGAUAGGUUUGAUCAUUGGAUGGUUUGUCGCGUCUCAGAUCUUCGCGGUCUUCCUUUAUCGUGGGCUUGAUCUAGUAUAUGACGUGCUCCGCGCGUUGUGCCACGAGCGAUCCCGUACUGAGGACAUCGAGAUGCAGUCAAGCGACGUAACCCGACAAGGAUCUCUCAAUGUUACUCGUGUUAAUACCUCCGAACAGAUUGAAACCCCUUCUCCUGCAGUGAAUGUUGCCUUGCGCUUGGGCACUAGGCGUGGUUCGCUGAACACCGUUAUGGUUUCUGAGCCACUUCCGUCUGAUCCCUCAGUCGCGUUAAGGACAAACUCGCCCAUCCCCCCACGCAUUUCUUCAACUCCUACCAAACUCUCCGCGCCACCUCAAGUUAAUGACUUAGGCACACUUUCACCACUUGCCAAAAGUCUCGUUCAAUACUUCAACGUUGCUAUUUAUGCAAGCAUCGCCUUGAUAUCCCUUCCUAUAUUCUUCGCUGUAAAGAGCCAUGCUUCACCGCUUGUAGCACUCCCUCUCUUUCUUUCACUCAAUAUCUUGUUCUACUUGAUCGCCGUCAUUAUGGUUCCCGCUCAUAUCAAGAAAUAUGGUGCUCACCCAAUAUUGGUUUGCAGCAUCUUGACGCUAUUCACUCUGUGGGCUCUUGGCGCUAUCCGAGGCUGGUCUCUCCGACGAACGCUGCGUGACUACUCGUCUGGUUCGAACUACCUAACCGUCUGGCAUCCAGGAUUCUCGGGGCCACUCCCUGGGGCAGGUGAUAUCCUGAAGUCGACGCUUGAUGUCGGCAUCAUCGCACUUGCUAUUCCCAUGUAUCGUUAUCGACACGAACUGAAGCGCUACUUUGUUCGGAUGAUACUCGUCAUUCUCCCGUGCAACGCCCUCGCUUUUUUCUUCUUCCCAGUCAUUGCAGGCAAGAUCGGCAUCCCAAGCCCCCAAGCACUCACAUUCGCUGCCCGGUUCAUGUCAACACCCCUUGCGAUUGAGCUGGUCGAAGCCUUGAAAGGCGAUGAAUCCGUGUGCGUUAUCCUAGUGGUGGUUACGGGUAUUGUAGCGGUCGUUACGAAAGACGUAUUGCUCUACAAGAUCCUCCGAGUAAACCAAGAUGACUUUCUGUGUGUUGGAUUAGCGAUGGGCACGACUUCCGGGGCUAUCGGCGCUUCCUCCCUCAUUCAAGAGCCCCAAACUAUGGCCAUUGCGUCGCUAAGUUUUGUUCUGUAUGGCUCAGUAUUGCUCAUAGCUGCCGCUGUCCCCGCAGUCAUUAAUUUUGUACGAUCGCGUGUGGAAAACGGAUAAAACCACGGAUCGAAGGGUUGCAUUUUUGAUGUUGACAUCGACGACUAAGGCCCUGAACGAAUAGAAUUCUCAUUCAAGUCAUUGUAGCUUAUAUAUGACAACGCCUUGAUUCUGUAGCUGUGAAUACACAAGAUAGAAAAAAUUAACCAUAAUUGUAAUCCCGCAAUUAGAACG